UGGAUGGCUGGAUAUAUGUCUUCCUUUCUCUCCCCAUUCAACUCCUAUUUAAUUUUUGGCAACCACCUUCUUCAAUUCGGACCGGAAGCCGGCGAGGCGGCGAGCUCUCCUCUCCGGCGUUUCCCGGUCAUGUCUUCCAUUCCGGGCUAGCCAGCUGGGUAAUCGCACAAAUAAGCCACCCAAAAUGAUCCUGGAAGUCAAAGUAAUAUCCGCCCACGACCUCCCGCCCAUUUCCAGAAUGUUACGCACGUACGCCGUCGCCGUCACGGGUCACGACACGAUAUCGAAGACGGCGGUCGACCGGCACGGCGGCACAAACCCUACGUGGAACCACAAAUUCGAGCUCCACGUGGACGACAAGUUUCUGGGUUCGAAAUCGUCGGAGAUAAAGUUUGAGAUCUACAAUGUGGCCUGGCUGCGUGACCUCCCUGUGGGCACCGCCAGCCUGGUUGUAAGCGGCGUUUACCCUCCCCUUUCGGUAAAGAAUCCGGCCAUGCGGCCCCUCACCCUCCGCCUUUGUCGUCCAACAGGGCAUUUGCAGGGUAUUCUGAACGUCGGUGUACGUUUGAAAGACAAUAACGUCCCACGACCAGAGCCUACCGCCGGUGGUGAGAAUCACAAUGAGCCUGUGCUAGAUGGAUAUGGGAACCAAAAGAACAAGAAUGAGGUGUUCUCAGUAUCGCCGAAUACCAAUGUGACAAACCACCAGCCACCGUCAGCUUCAUCGUUCGCGGCUGGGGACUUCUUCGGAGGUGACGGUGACGAUUACCCUGUUGCCAGGAGCUCCAUAUUUGAGGCUUGUAUUAUUCGGGCUGAAGCGCCCGGAGAAACAAAGGAUGAAUUUUUUCCAGUGACGGAAGACGACGGUAAUGGUAGCUGUAGGCUUAUUGGAAGUAGUGGGAGGAAUAAUAAUAAUAAGAAUCUUUAUAGAAGAACUCACUCGUCGGCCGACCAGGUUCCGGCCGGUCAACUUUGACUAUUUUUUCUAGCUAGGUCCCUCCGGUGCAAAUGGUUUUGUGCAAUGAAAGAUGACGUUUAUACUUGGACUUAAAUUUUCUAGUCUGAUCCCAUCUAAUUUGAUCUGUUCUGAACUCGU